AUGUUCGUGGGAGAUUAUGUCAGCAAAUCUGUACAGUACCAGCCCCAUAUCCGCCUGCCGUCCCUAUUGGGCUCUGCAGUACUCUCCAUAUCACCACAGAAUGAGAGAGAAGUGGAAGAAAAAGCGGUCUCGCAGACUCCGUCGCAAACGCAGAAAAAUGCGGGCUCGUUCCAAGUAAAAAUGUCCUAUCGGCUGCUAGGCUCGCCACAGUAG